CCUUUUCUUUUCAUAGUGAAAUAUAUGAGAGAAGCAACGCCUUACGUGAAGAAAGGUUCCCCUGUUUCCGAAAUUGGAUGGGAGACGCCUCCCCCCGAAUCUCCUCGGUUGGGCUGUGCAUCUUCUGACCCACUGUCGCAGCUCUCUCUCUCCAUCCACAGAGACAAAAAAACAAUACCGCUCAAGAUGUGCUACGUGACACGCAACAUGACGCUGUCAGACCCUGAGAACAGACUUAUUGAAGUUCAUUCACCUGAUGCCAAGCACACCGUGGUUCUAAGGAGUAAGGAUUCGGCUACAGCCCAGGCCUGGUUCAAUGCCAUCCACUCCAGUGUCAAUGAUCUCAUCCCCAGGGUGAUUGCAGAGGUCAGAGACCAGCUGGGUAAGACAGGGAUUGCUGGAAGUCGAGAGAUUAGGCAUCUAGGCUGGCUUGCAGAAAAGGUGCCAGGAGACAAUGAGAAGCACUGGAAGCCUGUGCUAGUUGUCUUGACUGAGAAAGACCUUUUAAUAUAUGAGAGCAUGCCGCGAAUGAAGGAAGCUUGGUUCAACCCUCUGCAUACCUACCCCCUGCUAGCAACCAGGUUGGUCCAUUCUGGCCCAGGAAAAGGCUCACCACAAUCUGGGGUGGAUUUGUCUUUUGCAACCCGUACUGGUACAAGGCAAGGGAUCGAAACCCACCUUUUCCGGACAGAGACUAGCAGAGACCUCUCACUGUGGACGAGGAGCGUGGUGCAGGGCUGUCACAAUUCUGCAGAGCUCAUCACAGAAAUCACAACAUCUUGCACGUAUAAAAGCCAGGAGUGCCGUUUGACCAUCCAUUAUGAACAUGGAUUCUCUCUUACAACUGAACCACAAGAUGGUGCCUUCUCUAAGACAAUCGCACAAUAUCCCUACGAAAAGCUAAAAAUGUCCUCAGAUGAUGGGAUUAGGAUGCUUUAUUUAGACUUUGGAGGAAAGGAUGGAGAAAUUCAACUGGACCUUCAUUCCUGUCCAAAGCCAAUUGUGUUCAUCAUUCAUUCCUUCCUGUCGGCUAAGAUUACAAGACUUGGUCUGGUGGCAUAAGUGGGAUAUACCUGUUUCUUCUAAGAAAAGUGGAGUGACCUUGCUAAUCUGAAGUACAAUCAACAUUAGAAACCUGUAACAGCUAGCAGUGUACACGAGAUUGGAGUUCAGUACUGGGCCUUGGUAAUUUCCGGCAAUCUUCCAAAGCCUGGCUGUCAUGUUGAUCAGCUGAAGCGAUGACAUGAAGAGGAAAACAAUGGAUUUCAUUGUAAAUAAUGGGAUUUUUAAAUCCCAUACUGGACAGCAAAAGAGUGUAGUACUAUAUGUGUAAAAGUUCCAGAAUCAUAAAUUGUGCCUAUUUCAAUGUAUUUGUAUAUAGAAUAAGUAAAGGGCUAAGCAGAUAAGAGCAGGCACUUGGUUGUAAUGCAAGAUGAAGGUUGCCUGACAAGUUCGAUAAACAAGACUGUCCCUCCACCAAAAACUCAUAUAUAUUUUUUUCUGUUCUAACUUGUGCACCAUUUAAAUAAAAUUUUCUUGCGGGAGGAGCAGAACCUGUUCCUUGAAUACCCAGCAGAGCAUGCAAAUUUGCAACUUUGAGUAGGAUGCCCUAAAGCAAUAAAGAGAUGGUCAGUGAAGAGCUCAGGGAGGGG